AUGGGAAACCAACCAACCAAGACUGGUAGCUUGGGCGAGGGAACAAGUGGCACGCCGGGAAGUCCAUCGGAACAACAGAACAAGAAGAGAGAGCAGAUAUUGGAAGAGUUGGUAAAGACUGAGAGAACUUAUACCAACUAUCUAUCGGUGAUUGAUGAGGUGUUCAGUCAACCGAUGCUCAAACGUAAUGUGAUUGGCAAAGAGAAUCACAAGGAGUUGUUCUCAAGUAUAGAUCCCAUCAUUGCAUUCCAUCGUGACUUCUUCCAAGAGUUGGCAAUAUGUUACAACUCAUUCUCAUGGGAUGCUGCCAUUCAAUCAUCACAGGUUUCAAUGGAUGAUGGUGCAAGUGGAAGUGGCAAAUCCAAGCAGAUCAUCAACAACAACAACAAGAAGAAGAAUCAGAAUCAUGUCUCACUUGAGGCAUCCAUUGACUUCACAGACAUAUUCAACAAGCAUAAAUCAUCAGUGGCUAGCUUUCUCGAGAAAGCAAGAGCAGAUCCUCAAUGUAAUGGACAAGACCUGAGUUCUUUACUCAUCAUGCCAGUCCAACGACUUCCAAGAUAUGUAUUAUUGCUCAAUGAGUUGUUAAAGAAUACACCACCAGGACAUAGGAAUGUCAAGAUACUUGAGUUCUGUAUUAAUGGAAUCAAGAGUGUCACUCAGUUCAUCAAUGAGGCCAAGAGGGAUGAUGAGAACCUUAGCAAGAUGCAAGAGUUCCAAGAGACUCUAAUUGACAAAGUGUGCACUGAUGAUGAGUGA